UAUUUGAUCACUUCCAUGCAGUUUAAUCGUUGGUUUUUAUUGUUUUAUUUAGCUAAGCUGUCUUUCUGCAUGAAUUAGUUUUACUAAUAUUUGUCUAUUUGAUCAUGAUAUUUACUGUUUUGUUUAAUGAUUUUCUUAUUUUUUUCUUUUCUUUUUUCUCUUUUCUGGAUUAAGUUGAUUGAUUCACUGCUCUUAACUAGCUAGUAGCUAGGGUUGAUCAUGGUUGUGGAGGUUUAUUUUUGCUGAAUAAAUAAGAGGAAUAUAGGAAAGGGGAAAUUUUUCUCAAUCUUUAAUUCCAUAUAUGUAUGGCUGAGAUGAGAUUCUUCUAGUGUAGUGGAGUAAUAUGCUUAAUUUUGGCUUUCAUUUGUUGAUUAAUACAUUAUGAUUGUUAUGUCUUUCUAAUUCCAUAUGAAAUUACAUUGUUGAAAUGAAAUCUUUUCAUGCCCAUUGUAUAUGGAUUUCUUUUUGUUUUCUGAUUAGGAUUAUUGCCUGCACAUAUUAGAAAUUGGAAUUCUGUAGUUUGUAUUCAAUCAUGUGUACUGUUUCCUUUUGUUUUUGUUUCUCUUGGUUUUUCCUUUUCAUUUUGGUUUAUGCAGAACAUAAUAAAUACAUAGUAUAGUUAACCUAUUUUUUCGGAAGGAAUUAAGCAGUACUAUGUUUUUAUUCUUACUUGUAUCCAAAAGAUGAAACUUGAUAUUGUAAGUAGCUCUGCUAAGCUGCCAAGCUAAUAUAGAGGUUCUUCCUUCUACAAACGGAAAAGAAAUUGCACGCGUCGAGUGGAUUAGAGAGGGUAGGGUUCCUCUACAAACCAUUCGGGCUAAAAUUGAUUAUUGUUCAUAUACAGUUAGAACCAUUUAUGGGGUAUUAGGCAUAAAAAUUUGGACAUUUCUAGACAAAAAAUAAUAAACCCUUACUUGACUUGUCUUUAGCGAACUCGCCUUGGGCAAAAACGUAUUAGUGGCUUAUAUGCCGUGGGAAGGUUACAAUUUUGAGGAUGCGGUACUCAUUAGCGAACGUCUGGUAUAUGAAGGUAUUUAUACUUCUUUUCACAUACGGAAAUAUGAAAUUCAGACUCAUGUGACAAGCCAAGGACCUGAAAGGAUCACUAAUGAAAUACCGCAUCUAGAAGCCCAUUUACUCCGAAAUUUAGACAAAAAUGGAAUUGUGAUGCUAGGAUCUUGGUUCUUGAGAGAUACAUCAGAAACAUAAAAGAGAAACAAAGGAGUUUUUGCUGCAGAGCAGCUGAGUAUUCUGAGAAUCACUAGAUCAAUUGAUAGUGGCUAGUGAUGGAUGAGUAUAUUGAUCGUCUUUUCUCUUCCUCUCCUUGGGCAGAUGGAGAUGCUAAGGAGAGAUCAUGUUGGGACUAUAGUGAAACUGGUCAACUAAAUGUCUCGGUUUCCACUUCACUAAGACUGCAUGAAAAUGACAAAGGAAAUUCGCUCUUAAGUGUGACUAGUUCAGAACAAAAUAUAGAUUGUUUACCCGCUCAAGAUACUCCAUCACUUGGUCUUGAUAGUGAGUCAGAUUAUGUUGUUGACAAAGGUUUAUUUUCUGGGAAAGCUCAAUCACAAAAGGAGGGUCAGAACUGCAAUCAUGACCCCUCCCCAAUGAUAAAUGGCAGCUUAAAAAUGAAAAAUAUGGGCCUGCAAUAUGACACAGCUCUUCCUACACUAAAUUCUGUGGGUCUUAGUUAUUCAAAGCAACUUCCAGUGCUUGAUGAUUUAACAUCACCUCUUUCCUUUACUAAGGCAAACCGUGCUGGGCUCAAUGACAGUGCAAGAUUCGAGUACCAGAGAUCCUUCAAAGAUGUGCAGAAUCCAUCAUCUAUGACUCAAUUGUGGCCUUCAACAUCUUUUGAGGAUGUUUCUUCUUUGUCUGCUGCUAUGGGACAAGAUACAACACAACAAUUCGACCUUCAAGGAAAUUUAGGAGAUGAUUUGGACUUUUUGGGAAGAAGAUACAUAAGCAUGGAUAACAUUCUGCAACUUGAUAAGUUGUCUGCAUCAGUUGUCUCAAAGGACAAGGAAAAUUUGCAAGGCUAUCCUUUAUCUCGUUUCACAGUUGGUUCCAAUAUGACAAUGACAACAAAUGGAGUAUCAUAUCUGUCACAGACUGCAUCAACUGCUCCUGCUGCCAGCUGCAAUGGAACUGGAAAGCCUCGUGUGAGGGCACGUCGUGGUCAGGCUACUGAUCCACACAGUAUAGCUGAAAGGCUUCGAAGGGAAAAAAUUGCUGAAAGGAUGAAGAAUCUGCAAGAACUUGUACCUAAUUCUAGUAAGGUUGAUAAGGCAUCUAUGCUUGAUGAGAUCAUAGAGUAUGUCAAAUUUCUUCAGCUCCAGGUGAAGGUUCUUAGCAUGAGCAGGCUAGGAGCCACAGGAGCAGUCAUUCCUCUCAUCACAGAUGGUCAAGCUGAGGGUUCUAACAGUCUGUCACUCUCAACAUCAGCUGGUCUUGGAAUCGAUGUUGCUCCAUCUUCAGACCAAAUUGCCUUCGAGCACGAAGUACUGAAGCUCUUGGAAUCCAAUGUGACUAAGGCCAUACAAUAUCUUCAAGGUAAAGGCUUCUGCCUCAUGCCAAUAGCUCUUGCUGCUGCCAUAUCCAGUGGAAAGGCAUCAUUAUCCUGCAACAGUCCUGAUGACAAGAAGAAAAUUAGAUUCAACACUGAUAUUGUUCAUGAUAACAACGGCAGCAGUCGCAGUAGCAGCAGCAGCAGUUGCAACUUCUCUGGCACUGAGACCUGUCAAGUGUCCUACGACUGCAACAUUAUGACUGAGCAGCUCGGAAGUAAAGGCAUGGUAGGCAACGGUUGCAAUGGGAUUCUCAAGCUAGAAGAUGCAAAGAACCAAUUUUUGAGAGAACUGAAACCUAAGAUAGUUAGCAAUCUCGGUUAAUGGCCAGUUUUCGAAGCUAUUUGAGGUAGAUCCCGAAUUAAUAAGACCACUGGGACACAUUUCUUUGCUGUUGCUUUACUUUUACCGUGUUUUGAAAAUGAAUCAGUUGGUGCAUUCUGAAAAACACAUACACGCAGUCAUACGAAUGUACAUGCACUUUUCUUUAUCCAUCAUCGAGCAAUGGGAGAUGGUGAUAUUGCACGUUGGUAAUGUCAUUUUCUGUUCAA